AUGGAUCAUGAACAAUUAAAAGCAAAACUCGAACUAAGGGAAAACCAGCUAAGAGAAAUGGCUUCACAUUUAGCUGAACAAAUGCACUCAAUAAACGUAAAAAGGAGCUAUAUUUCAGAAAUGCAGACAAAUAUACAGAGAUUAGAAAAGAAAUUGAAUAAAAAAAAUAAACAAUUGGAACAGGAAUUAAAAGAUAAAGAAAUUAUUAUUGCGAGGAUUAAAGGGCUGGAGGAAAUAGCAGAUAUUUCAAAGGAUGCAGCGUAUUAUAAAAGAUCCAAAAUUCUUACAAAAGAAGAAAAAGAUGACACUGCAGAUUAUUUGGAAUAUUAUGCUAAAUUAAGAGACUCCUUGGAAGCUAAAGAAAGUUUUGAUGAUAGAAUCAAAGAUUUAGUCGAAUCUGGGGUUGUUGUUAAAAAAGAAGAAUUGGCGAAUGAAAAAGAAAAUGGUCGGACAGCUUAA